UUAGUGUCCAUAAGUAAGUGAUGAAAUGCAAAAUAUAGUUUAGUGUCCAGCAAACUAUCGGCAGUUGUAUUUUCUUCUCGCUGUCGAGCUGAUAAGGAAUUAUAAAUCGAACUGAUCGCUGGGAAUAAUAACAUGCAUAGCGCUGUCAGUCUUUCUACAGUUACUCCCUGUCGCCAUCGAUAUCGAUGUCUGCAUUGCUCAGACACAAACAUAUUCUGCGAUUGUUAUCCAAACUGCCACAAAGAUCACCCGAGGCAGCCGCUCGUCAGCGGCGAGUUGUUGCUCAGCCAGUACGGAUCGAAAGUCGACUAUGCAGAAUACACGGCCAUCGAUGUGUUCAACUGCCCCUACUGCGACAAGCUCAAGUUAAGCGUUGAAACACUGUACGACCACAUCACACUCGAGCAUUUGGACGUCCCGUUCGAUGUACGCUGCCCGAUAUGCGUGUGCUUCGGGUCUAAUACUUCGCUAAUCGCAAACGUCCACCUCUCGAAGCACAUUGUCGACGAUCACAGCGUUUCGAUGGAGCAAUAUCAGGACCAGAUACUGGUCUACAACACCCAUUGCUACGAUGAAAGGGAGUUGCUUAUCUUUCUUGCCUCCACACUUCCACCAACCUACCACGCAGAAGAAUCGAUUGGUGAAUCAUCGUCUACCACACGUGCACCAAUAUCAAUCGCAAGAUCUGUUUAUAAUCAAGCGCAAACAUCUGCCUCGAAUAACCCCCAAACGAUUGAGCAACCUUGUUCUAUUUGUUUGGAUAUGAUAACAGCGGCUAGAACACUGCCCUGCCUGCACAAAUUUCACGCAUCCUGCAUCGAUCUGUGGCUGCAGCAGAGUGCAACUUGUCCGGUGUGCAGGAAAUCAAUACAUCGCUGAAUUGGUCGAACAUUAUUCUCAACUCAUGUUAAUUAUGGUGUUUCAAAGUAUAACCGACAAAUAGAUUUUCAGCUCAAUUUGUUGAAAUUAA